UUUUGCAAUAAACACAAAAAGUUUCACCCUAAAAACAAAACAUGAAAAUAGCAAUUAAGCAUGUACACUCAAGUUCCCUACCAAAAAAAGGCACAUAAGAAAAGAACGAGAAGUAAGAAAUUAAAUGUUCCCACAGCUACCCCUGUGAUUACCCAUUUAAUGCCACCCCCCCUUGAGCCAACUAUAAGCUUUGAAAUUCUCCUCUAUAAAUUUCACCUCCAUUUUUUAAUCUUUAACCCAUUCUUCUCAUUCAUCAUCUUUUUGAUUUCUAAUUUAUUCUUAGCUUAAAUUCAACCCUUUUGUUUCCUUAAUUUUCUACAAAAAAAACCCACCAAAAAGAAACAAGAAAUUUUAAUUUUAACCAUGGAAAAUGGAAUUAAGGAGAAAAACAUAGAUUUAGAUUCAUCAAUUAAGGUGAAAAUCACCCAAACAAGUCAUGUUCAACCCAAAAAGAAAAUUGGAAGAAGGGAAUGUCAAUUGAUCACAUUUGAUCUUCCUUACUUGGGUUUUUUCUACAACCAAAAGUUGUUGAUUUACAAAGCAAAUAGUGAUGAUUUUGAGGAAAUUGUGAAGAAAUUGAAGGAAGGUAUGAGUGCUGUUUUGGAAGAGUUUUACCAAUUAGCUGGUAAACUAGGAAGAGAUGAUGAUGGUGUGUUUAAAGUCAUGUAUGAUGAUGACAUGGAUGGUGUUGAAGUUUUAGAUGCCAUUGUUGAAGUUAAUCAUGAUGGUGUCAUGGUUAGUGUUGAUGAAUUAUCAUCAAAAGAUGAGUUUACUGUGAUGAAAGAUUUGGUUCCUUACAAUGGUAUCCUUAAUUUGGAGGGUCUCCAACGUCCCCUCCUGGCUAUUCAGUUUACCAAGCUUCGAGAUGGGCUGGCAAUUGGGCUAGCAUUUAACCAUGCUGUACUAGAUGGGUCCGCUACUUGGCACUUCAUGAGUUCAUGGGCCGAACUUUGCAAUGGGGCCCAAUCAAUCUCUAAACUUCCUGUCUUGGACCGUGUCAAAGUCCGCCCCACGCGCGUCAGCCUUGAGAUUCCUGACGCGCCGCCGCAGCCUGAUCUCAUCGCUGCUGCCGCUGCUGCGCCAAAGCUUCGCGAGAAGCUUUUUAAGUUCUCGGGUGCCGCGAUUGAGAAAAUUAAGGCGGCCCAUAAUGAUGUUGGGCCCACUAAUGGGACUACUGCCCCGGCUGGACCGCCUUUCUCCACCUUCCAGGCUUUGUCCUCCCACCUAUGGCGGGCUGUCACGGAGGCGCGUGAGCUCAAACCUGAGGAACCUACUGUUUUCACCAUCUUUGCUGACUGCCGGAAAAGGGUGGACCCACCCAUGCCGGAAAGUUACUUCGGAAACCUGAUUCAGGCGAUCUUCACCGGAACUGCCGCCGGAUUAUUGCUCGGCCACCCGCCGGAGUUCGCCGCCGGGAUGGUCAAGGCGGCGAUUGGGGCACACGAUAAUGUGGCGAUUGAUAAGAGGUGCAAGGAGUGGGAGGAUAAGCCUAUUAUUUUCCAAUACAAGGAUGCCGGGAUGAAUUGUGUGGCGGUCGGCAGCUCGCCGAGGUUUAAGGUUUACGACGUCGAUUUUGGGUUCGGAAAACCCGAGCGGGUUAGAAGCGGGGCGAAUAACCGGUUUGAUGGGAUGGUUUAUUUGUACCCGGAGAAGGAUGGAGAGAAAGGGAUUGAUGUGGAGAUUAGUUUGGAAACUAAGGCAAUGGAUAAUUUGGAGAGGGAUAAGAAGUUCUUGAUGGAUGGUGAAGUGGUUUAAUUUGAUUGUUUGAUCAUUAAAGAAAUGUUGGUAAUUUGAUGUUUUAAUUAUUUUAAGAUAUAAGUUUUAAUUUUAUGAUUGUGGAUUGGUAUUAUUUGAUGAUGAAAAAGGCUACAACAAAAAUGGUGUUAGGCAAAAAUAAUGGACAAUUGAUAGUGGGAAAGACUUUACUUUUGCCUAGCUCCAUUUUUCUUGUCUUUAGGAGCCUUUGUAAUAAGGAUAUUAGUUGUAAGAUUUUAGUUUUGAAUUCUUGUUGAUAUAAUUGGAAUGUGUCUCUAAAGAAAUGUAUCCUUUUACCUUUUUUACUUUAUAAAAAUUAAAUUGUGUUA